AUGGCAUCCUUUGCAGCGGCAUGCCGAAUGUCGGCGCGGCUUGCGGCGAGAAAGGUGCGGCAGGAUGCUACGGUCAGAGGCUUCCGGACAUCCCCCGCCGCCUUGGCCGCCCAGAACUUCACCAUGCCCGCCCUGUCUCCCACAAUGACCGAAGGCAACAUUGCGGCAUGGAAGAUCAAGGAAGGCGAGAAGUUCUCCGCCGGCGAUGUUUUGCUCGAAAUCGAGACGGAUAAGGCGACAAUGGACGUCGAAGCCCAAGAGGACGGUACCCUCAUGAAGGUCAUGCAGGGCGACGGGAGCAAGGGUGUGCAGGUCGGCACCCGGAUAGCGGUCAUCGCCGAAGAGGGCGACGACAUUAGCACACUCAAUAUUCCUGCCGACGAGAACCCACAAGCGACGAAGGCCGCCGAAGCGUCCAAGACACAAACUCCGGCGACUCCGGAACCCGAAUCCACGCCGUCGGCCGCACCUCCAAAGGCGGCGUCCAAGCCCGGACAAAAGACCUCCAAGAGGACCUAUCCUCUGCUCCCAUCGGUGGAGCAUAUCCUUAAGGAGAACGGCCUCGACGAGUCCGCUGUAGGCGAUAUUACCCCGACCGGUCCCAACGGCCGCCUUCUCAAGGGCGAUGUCCUCGCCUUCUUGGGCAAGAUCAACGCCAACACCCCGGCCGAGGUUUCCUCCCGCUUCAGCAAGGCAUCGCACCUCGACCUGAGCAACAUCAAGGUUGCCAAGGCUCCCGCGAAGCCCGCAAAGAAGGCCGCCCCAGCCCCUCCAGCCCCCGCAAAAUCGGUCGUCACCCUCCCCGUCUCCCUCUCAGCCGUCAUCGAAGCCCAAAGGAAGACGGAGAAGACGCUGGGCGUAUUCCUCCCGCUCUCCACCUUCAUCGCGCGCGCCACCGAGGUCGCCAACGACGAGCUCCCGCUGCCGGCCAACUACCAGCCGACGGCGGACGAGCUGUUCAGCCAGGUGCUGGGCCUGGACAAGUCCGGCGGCCGCAAGGUCUCGCGGGGCUCCUACGUCCCGCAGAUCGGCGCCCUCGCCUCGGCGUCUGCGCUCUCCCCGCGCGCCGCUGCCGCCCCCGCCAAAAAGGCAGACAUCCUCGACAUUCUCGCCGCGAAACCCAAGCCGGCCGCCGCCAAGAAGACCACCUCCAACGUGCUCCCCGGCCCGUCGUCGACGGGAGCCAACCUUUUCAGCCUGCAGGUGCCCAAGGCGGAGGAGAGGAGAGCGCGGGUGUUCCUCGAGCGGGUCAAGGUUGUGUUGGAGAACGAGCCGGCGAGGCUGGUGUUGUGA